GAGCUGUCGAGGACAAAGAGAGAGGGACCACACAGCCAUAAGUUCUCCAGCUCACAGAACUCCACAAGAGACACACAUGACGGCAGGAGAUCAACCCCUACGACACGAUGAUGAUGAAGAUGAUGAUGAUGGCACCAGCACAAGCUCAUCCGCUGCUCUAGAAAGCACAUUUCUCAGAUCCGUCUGCGUGACCACAAAGAAAAAGCGGUUGGAUGAUAAUCUGCGCGGAUCUGCAAGACACUGAAUGGAAGUAAAUAGCCAAGAGGAGGCGUAAGAUACGAACGGGGAGCGACUCAUUCAACACCGAGCUAUUUUUGAGUGCAACGUUUCGAGUUCACACCGGGAUUUUGUUUCGUUGUAGACAACACAUUGUGCACGAAAGGAUCUGGAUUUAGCGGUGGGAGAGUCGGGAAGCUCCGUUUUAUUGAGCCAUGAAGAAGAACGGUUCAACAAAGCGGGGCCCUCAGGACGCCAAUCAACAGCCCAUGCAGCCCGACAAAACUGGUUGGAUUCGCAAGUUCUGUGGCAAAGGAAUUUUCAGGGAAAUUUGGAAAAACAGAUUUGUUAUACUGAAAGGAGACCAACUCUACAUUUCUGAAAAAGAGGUCAAAGAUGAGAAGAAAAUCCAGGAGGUGGUGGAUCUCACAGACUACGAGAGGUCUGAAGAACUUCGCAAGGCCAAAAGCAGGAGCAAAAAGAAUCACAGCAAGUUCACGCUUCUGCGUUCACGGCAGCCAGGCAACACGGUCCCAAAUCUGGUGUUUUUGGCUGUCAGUCCAGAAGAGAAGGAGUCAUGGAUCAAUGCAUUAAAUGCAGCUAUCACUAGGGCCAAGAAUCACAUAUUUGAUGAGGUGACAGUGGAAGAGGAAAGCUUGUUGGCCCAUCCGACACGUGACAGAGCUAAGAUACCCCAUACUCGCCGUCUGCCCACCCGCGGGCACCUCAUGGCUGUGGCUUCGACCACAAAUUCGGAUGGCAUGCUGACACUUGACCUCAUCCAGGAAGAUGAUGUCCCCUCCACAAAGUUUCAGGACUCUCAUGAGGAUACCCUCGAUAAAGCUGCUUCUCAGCGCACCCCAGAUUCCCAGUGCUCCAUCACGGACACCUCGAAGCUCUCAACCUGUAACGAGACCCCUGCAAAGUCCCAGAGUCUGCCGCGAAAAAGUGAGAGCGCCUUCAACUGGUCAGAGAACCACAGGACGCCGCAGUUCAGCAAAAAAACGGCCACAUCUGACAAGAACCGAUGUGCUUCCAUGGAUGAGAUCCUGACGCACUGCGAGACCCGAGCACUCCCUCACUGCUCGACUUCGGCGCCCGUGCAGCCCAUCAGCCAGCUCCAGGAUCUCAUCACCCAGAAGCUAGAAAGAACUCAAGAACUGCUGACGGAGGUACGGGCGCAGGGCAAGGGGAAGGGCUCGCCAGCUGGGAAGAGCUCCAGUCUGGAGGGUCAGCGGAUGGAAGCAGAGAGGCUUCUGGAGGAGGCGGCGUCCACUUGGGGACAGGCUCGUGACGUGCUGGAGGAAGUGAAAGAACUCAGAGCAUUAUACAAGCAGCUUGACUCCGCCUCUUCUGUCACACUCAGUCCUCCACAGAACAGCAAACUAAACAGCUGUUUUCUCAACAAGCAAACUACCGGAAAAGCAUGAUGUGAGAACAUACAAAGUCCUCCAUAGCACCAUUUUUCAAUAGACUCUUCCUGUUGACUGCUUUAGCAUUGCUGGAAUCAACAAAAAAUUAAUAACAUGAGCUAUACGUGUAUGUAUGAAUUGUUAAAGAGCAAAUCUAGUUUCUUCCACUCCCUAAUAUCCACGUCAGAGCAGAAAUUCGAGGGCCUGGUGGUUUUACCAAACACAAGCUGUUGCGUCGUACCUUGGUACCUGUGGUAUCAAUUUUCACAGUGACGUCGACAGGGACAGUAAAAGCACCAAGUCAUCAAGCGGCCCAUCAGGGUAAGACAGGGUGAGAAACACCAGACGGCAGUGAUGUUGUCAUCACCAGCCAAUCACAAUGUGAAUGUUUUCCUUCUAUUUCAUAAUACACUGGAGGAGCUUCGUUUUCGAAAUGGU